UAUAACCUCAAUUCCCGCUCCACUUUCCAAUCGCACGUGCAUGUUAUCUACACUAUCUGCAGUAAAUGAAGAUCAAAAAACACCACAAUGACAGACAUGCCGCAACAUCACAUCAGACAUCUAAGAGGAAAACGUAAGGGACGUUUUGCAAAGGCUAAAAAAGUCGUUGCAGGAGAGAAUGUCUUAGCCGCUCUCACUCAAGUACAAGUUGAAAAACGAACAACUCCUUUCAUUUAUGAGCCACGGCGUAUAGUGGAUUUAAUCUUUUUGGGUAAGGAAUUAUGGUGUAAAAGGUGUGACAAACCUUUGUCACUGAAAAACAGAAGCUGUGAAGUAGUUUAUGGCCUUGCGAGUACGAUGAAGGUCAAGUGCAUGAAGUGUAGAGGAUUAUACUUAAUUCAUACCCACCCGAGAAAUCCUGAUGGAACGUUUGAUAUUAACUCGAAUCUAGAAUCUGCAAGUCAUAGUGAAAGUAUCAGCGAAAGCCAAAUCAAUAGUAUACUAUCAUCCCUUGAAAUACCUACUGUACAAAAUAAAACUUUAAAGACUUGUGGAAAAUAUAUAGACAACACAACAAAUUGCACGCAAACUGUGGAUGAAUCUGUUAAAAAAGAAAGCCUAAUAACAGAAGUUAAAACUGAAGUGUCUUCUUCAAAUGACUCUGGAAACCAAGUGGAUCUGAUAAAAAAAACUGAAAACCAGACAUCUUGUGAGGAGACUCUAAAUAAUGAUUCCAAAAAUCAAGUAUGCCCAGCGAUAAAAGCUGAAACCGAAAAAUCUUGCACAGAAACUUUUAAUGAUUCUGAUAAAGCAGUAGUCCUGGGAUUAGAAGCUGAAACCAAAAAAUCCUUGUCAGUAACAUUGAAUGAUUCUGAAAAUGCAGUGGUCCUGGAGGUAAGAGCUCAAACCAAAAAAUCUUACACAGGGACUUCAAAUGGUUCUGGAAAUCAAUUGGGAAUAGAAACUGAAACUCAAAAAUCUUGUGCAGAGUCUUUAAAUGAUUCUAAAAAUACAGUAGAUGUAGGAGAAGCUCAGACUGAAAAAUCUUGUGCAGAGGCUUUGAAUGAUUCUACAAAUACAGUAGAUGUAGGAGAAGCUGAGACUGAAAAAUCUUGUGCAGAGGCUUUGAAUGAUUCUAAAAAUACAGUAAAUAUAGAAAACGCUCAGAUUGAAAAAUCUUGCAUAGAGGCUUUGACCAAUUCCAGAAAAGAAAGUGAUCCUGUAAUAGAAGCUGAGGCUGAAACUCUGUGCACAGAAACUUUGAAUGGUUAUAAUAAAGUCAUUGUACCAGAAACUGAAGACAGAUUAUUUUGUUUGGAAACUCCAAAUGCUCAUGAGAAAGAAAAAGUAAUAGAAAAUGAAGCUAAAGGAUCUUGUUCAGAAAAUGAGCCACAAAUAGAAAAUAAAGCUGAAGAAUUAUGCAACGAGACUUUGAAUGGCUGUGGAAAAAGAAUUAGAGUGAGUCCAGUGAUUGAGGCUGAAACUGAAAAAUCAUGUAGAAAGACUUUGAAUGGUUAUGGAAAAAGGGCAAGAGUUGAUUCUGUGAAAGAAAAUGAGUCCAAAGAAUUUUGCCUAAAGAAACGACUUGUCAAGGAAAAUAUUGAUUUGCAAGAACUAUGAUCAACUUAACUUCUAAGACAAUUUUUCGUUUGAUUUAAUACCACAGAUUGAAAUUAAUUUUUAACAAUUUCAAACCUUUAUUAUAGUUAGUGUUAGUAGACAUCUCAUUAAGAAAUAAAACCUAUAGCUUAAUUAUAAAUCAAUUACUUCGAAUCAAACAUUUUUUUUCUCGUCAGUAGUAAAUAAUGUGUCAUACCACAAAUCAAAGAGAUAAGUAUAUGUAUAAGUCGCAACAGAUUCAUGUAUAUUUUUUUAUUAACAAAAGUAGACUCUUCGCGUAUUUAUGAAUUACUUCUAAUAAAAUUGAAAUAGAUAAAAUCAUUAUCGUUCAAGAGUUUGGUAAUAUUUUUGCGGAAUUUAUAUUUUUAUUUAGCAUCAAUGAUUUAUCAUUCUUAAUCUUUUCUUCAACGAACUACUUCUUAUGAAAAAUAAUUAAAAUUUUUAUGUACUUAAACACGAAAACAAUAAAAACUUUACUAAACGUGA